AUGGAGCGCAAGGUGAUCUGUGUCCUCGCUAUGGUCCUCAUGCUGGCCCUCAGCAGCCUUGCCCAGAGCCAGGAAGAAACAUGUACCAUGGCCCCCCGGGAGAGGAUGAAUUGUGGCUUCCCUGGUGUCACCCCCCAGCAGUGCAAGGAGAGAGGCUGCUGUUUUGAUGACACUGUCCGGGGCUUCCCAUGGUGCUUUCACCCUCACGUCGUCGUCGAGGACCCGCAAGAAGAAGAAUGUCCCUUCUAAGAUCCAUCCUGAGAGAGCUGGUUACAUCAAGACUUGGCACACC